AUGGCGAUGGUAGCUAAACAAGGAUGGUUCAUUAUGUCUCAACCUCAAGCUUUGGUGUCUCGCAUUUUUAAAGCAAGGUACUUUCCUCGAACCUCUUUCUUUGAUGCUAAGCUGGGGUUUAAUCCUAGCUAUGUAUGGAGAAGCAUGUGGAAAGCUACAGAAGUUUUAACGCUUGGCUGUAGGUGGAGUAUUGGAGACGGUAGUAAAAUCAAGGUUAUGGAGGAACCGUGGCUUAGGGGAAUAAGGGAAGGUUGUUUGAGUGGGCCUCAGAAGCAAGUGCCUCUAGUGGUGGAGGUUAAGGAAAAUAGAUUGUUGUGGAAGGAAGAACAAAAUGGGUGCUACACCGUACGAUCGAGACACAGGAUCUGGAGGAAUGCUAAGAAAAUCUCUUUUAAUCUUAAUACCAAUGAAAAUUGGAAUAAUAUCUGGAAUAUUAAAGCACCGGCUAGAGCGAAACAUCUUUUGUGGAGAAUCUGUCAGGGUUGUUUGCCUACCUGUAAGCGGCUUAGGCAACAUCAUGUCCAAUGCACAGGAGCCUGUCCCUUUUGCGGUAAUAACGACGAGAAUGACUGGCAUGUUUUCUUUGAAUGCCAUGCUACGUACAAUUGUUGGAUCCCUGCAGGUUUUAGCAACAUUAUUGACCAUAUAACUCAUUCUUUUUAUGAUAUAAAAUCGCUCAUCCUUGAUAUUUGCAGCAAGGAAAAUAGGAACACUGCGGGAAAAUUUGCUCGUGAAUGGUUUUCGGCACAACAUAUUCCUAAUAACAACAAUGUGGAUCAACAUUCUCUUCUUUGGAUUCCGUCACCUAGCGGGUGGGUUAAGUUCAACGUAAACGUGGACUUUAAUAUCAAUAGAGGCACCACAAACAGAGGAUGGUGUCUUAGAGAUGAAUUUGGUAACUUUAUUACAGCAGGGGUUGUGUGGGAUCCAAGUAAUCUUUUGGUUCUUGAGGAGGAAUCUUUAGCCCUCAAGGAAGCUAUUCAAAGUGUUACUUUGUUAAAUCUUGAUCGGAUUAUAUUUGAAAGUGACUCUCUUAAAGUGAUUCAAGCUUUUCAAUCAGUUUCUGCAGGAAACUCUGAAUUGUAUUUUAUAGUUAGCGAUAUUAAGUUGUUACUUCAUAACUUUUCCAACUUUGAGGUCAAGUUUGUCAACCGUCAAGCGAAUAUGGUUGCUCACUCGUUAGUGAAGGCGGCCAAUUCUUGGGCUAGACGUAAUAUUCUUCAUGUAAUUCCUCUGUAG